AUGCCUCCUAAACUCCCAAAUCUGAGGUACAAACCAAAGCGUGUUCUUCGUUCCAGGGAUGAAGGUGAUGAAUCUCAAACUGCAGAUGGUGUGGAGGACAUGAGCCUUCUCCAGUUGGAGCGUUUGCGUCUCCAGCAAGAGGUCGCUCUUCAGCAGCAGCAGCAGCAGCAACAACAACAACAACAACAGCCAUUUCGAGCAGGUGUUCAACCACCACCUUUUUUGCGAGGUGACACCGCUGCAUCAGGUGCACCUGGUGACAGUGCACCUGCCCGUAGUCAGCCUCGUUUGCAGUCUACCCAGAUGGCCGCUAAACGCGCAGCUGCAUAUUUCGUCCCUGAGGCUGAGAAGUUUUCCGCGAAUACCAUGUCGAAGAUUCUUGAGGUGACGGCCGAUACUCCAGGUAUGACUGUUUAUCACCCAACACCUUUGGACUGCACACUCCCUGCCCGUUUGCAGUCGUGUGAUAGGGAGGGUGCCGUGGAAGGAGAUGAUCAACGAGUCGAAGCGACGACGCAGGACGACGGUGUCGCCUUCCUUAAGGAAUAUGAAGCGGAGUUGUGUCGAUCAAGACGGGCUAAUAUGCGUUUUGAACGUGAGGUGCUUUACGCUUCUGCCAAUAAAAUUGAUGUAGAAACUCCUGCGAUACGCUCGGAUGAAGGUGAGUUGGUGUGGUUUCAGCUUCCCCGCUUUCAGGCCGAUCCACCAUUUUCAUUAACGCGGCUCCCAUCUGGCAAGGUUGGGGAGGUGAAGGUGUAUAAAAGCGGACGUAUGGUAAUGGAGAUUUGUGGUGUUUACUACGACCUCGCUGUUGAAGGUUACACUGCUGGUGGCGAUGGGGCCUGCAAUGUUGCGGCUGCUGUGGUACCUUCCCAGCAGGCAAAUGAGAAGGCGAGUUGCUACCAGUUGGGGCUUUUGGAAAAGAAGAUUGUUUGCACGCCAACUAUCAGUGUGGAUAGCUGA